GCUGCCUGAAAACAUGCUAGAUGCAGUGAAGUUAACAUCAAAGGGUAAAGUGACUGUUGGAUUAGUAAUGUACUACUUCACAUAUGACCCCUGGAUUGGCAAGUUACUAUACCUAGAGGACUUUUAUGUCAUACAAGCUUACCGAGGUCAGAUAGCCAUCAGAAGCCAGUGUAACUGCAUGCACUUUCUUGUCGUCACUUGGAACCAGGCUUCUAUCGACUACUACACUCAUCGAGGGGCUUUAGAACUUUCCUCCGAGGAGGGCUGGCAUCUGUUCAGGUUUAACAGAGAAGAACUCAUGGACAUGGCAGGGGAAAAGUGAAAGGUGACUUAUCACUUGUCCCAAUGUAGGCUCCAACAUCUGAAUGUAACAACUUGUCCCAAUAUAGGCUCCAACAUCUGAAUGUCGCCUGAGUCCAACAGCAGUUUGACUAUCGUAUAAUACAGCAAGUGAACAACUCUGGUUUCAGCAGAUCUUUGAAACAGAUUUUGUAGAUACAACUUGCCAUUAUCCAUAUUAACAUACUAAUGGUUAGUAGAAGAGCUGAUAACCCAAAAGAGCAGAUAAUUCAAAAAUAACUUAUACUUGGCUUAAGGAUAUUUAUUUUUUUACUUACUGUAUCCUAUGAAAUUUCAAAUGCUUAUAUUUUCAUAUUGUAACAUCUGAA